CAAAUUUCUGGGCAGCAAAACAAAGUGCGAGAGAGAGGAUUGGAAGUGCGCGUUUUCGUUUAUUGUUUAUUUAUCGCGUCUCCGUUUGUUGGGAACCCAAAACCUAACAGUGUCGCGUCAGCCGAAAAGUUUGAUCAGCUGUGCAGGUACAGGUUUAAGCCUUGCUUAAACUGGUGAACUCACAAGUGCCGGCCAGGACCAUCGAAUCUGCGACAGCCGCUGGAUCGUCUUCACUUUCAGAACACCAACAAACAUGCGACAAAUCGGAAUCGAGGUGGAAGACCCGCUGAAGCGGAUACAGGAGGAGAUCAACGAGGUGGCCCGGCGUGAGCAGGAGCUGCGCGAAGGCCACGGCCGCACCGCCGGCGCCGCGGACCUGAACGAUGACAGCCUUUCGUCGACCUCGGGCAACUCGGACGACUCGGGCCUAUCGCUUUCGCCGACGCCCGUCCACUCGCCGUCGGUGUCGAACCUGAAGGACAAACUGGAGCUGAGCGUGGCCCAGCUGGCCCCGAAAGAGAGCGACGAAUCGGCGAGGUUCGGCACCGGUGCCGCCACCCGGCAGUACAUCCUGCCGCAGCCGAAGGCUCUGACACGGGCCCGCUCGACACCGCAGCUCUUCCACACGGGCGCCGGCAACCAACAGGGGCGCCGCUUCAACCCGAACCCGAACCACCGGGGCAUCAUGCAGAAGUUCAUCGCUUCCCGCGGGCGGCUCAGCAAGCUGGCCAACGCCAACGGUCACACCGGCCCCGUGGCAGUGGCCACCCCACCGACGAUGGCCACCACCAAAGCGGAUCCAAUUGUGCCUUCGGUGGUCGAUCUGAAUCGUUCGCAUCUGAUGAUCCUUCCGUCGGCAAUCUCCACGCCACCGACCAUCGAGAGAGACUCCAACGGAAAACCCAUCCGCCGUGGGUACGUGCCGGUCGAGGAGAAGAUCCAGCGCGAGUUGCGCGAUCUCAAGAACCGCGAGUGCGAAUUGAAGCGAAUCCGUAAGCUGAACCGAAACGCGUCCCAAUCGGACCUGCUGGACAUGAACUACGACACUUUCGAAUCGAGUGAGGAAUUGUCGGACGAAGACAACACAGACGAACCGAUUUAUCCAAUGGCACGGAAGCUGCGAUCUACCAAAUCUAUCAGCGAACUAUGCGACGUUUUGACCAACUCUAGCUUUUCACCGAGGGAAACUCCUUCGCCGCUCUUCGAAAGUCGUCCACGGAACGGAAACGGAUGCGGAGGGGGAAUGCGGCCAGCCAUGUCCCUAGCACAGCUUUGCGAUCUCGAUCCCGAGGAGGCACCUUCGUCCCAUAAGUUGAUCGCACAGUGGGAAAGUCUCAUCCAGCAGAAGCAGCAACGAUAGGAACCGGGUGCACUAUACCACUGGCUAACGAUAGAGCAAUACAGGUUGUGAUGCAAGAGAUUGGGAAGAAAGGAGAAGUCUACGUUCGGCUCGCUUCUUCGGUCCUCAGCGACAUUGAACACAGGCGCGCACACCGAGCAUCGUUACGUUAAUACCAUUGUGAUUUGUUUUGUUUUUUUUUUAAUAUUAUAAUUUACCUCUUGAAACAUUAUUUGUA